AUGUUUAUCAAAAACGAACACGCAGGUGAUAGAAAGAGAUUGGAAGACUGGAGGAUCAAAGGUUAUGACCCCUUGACCCCACCAGAUCUUUUACAACACGAAUUCCCAAUCUCCAAACAAGGUGAAAAGAAUAUUUUAGAAGCUAGAGAAGGCGUCUGCAGCAUUUUAAAUGGUAAAGACGAUCGUUUGAUCAUCGUUAUUGGUCCAUGUUCCAUCCAUGAUCCAAAGGCUGCCUACGAAUAUUGUGAUAAAUUACAAAAAGUGUCUCAGAGAUUGUCAAAGGAUCUUUUGAUCAUCAUGAGAGCAUAUUUGGAAAAACCAAGAACUACUGUCGGUUGGAAAGGUUUGAUUAAUGAUCCAGACAUCAACAAUUCUUUCCAAAUCAACAAAGGGUUACGGAUAUCAAGAGAAAUGUUCACAAAACUUGUGGAGAAAUUACCUAUUGCCGGUGAAAUGUUAGACACCAUCUCUCCACAGUUUUUAAGUGACUGUUUCUCUCUAGGUGCCAUCGGUGCCAGGACUACUGAGUCCCAGUUACACAGAGAAUUGGCCUCUGGUCUUUCCUUCCCUAUUGGUUUCAAGAAUGGAACGGAUGGUGGGUUCCAAGUUGCAAUCGAUGCAAUGAGAGCUGCCCAGCACGAACAUUACUUCUUAUCUGUUACUAAACCUGGUGUUACAGCCAUUGUAGGUACUGAAGGUAACGAAGACACCUUUAUUAUUCUAAGAGGUGGUAAGACCGGUACUAAUUUUGAUUCCCAAUCUGUUCAGUCUGCAAAAGAACAACUAAUAAAGGCAAAACUUUUAGACACUGAAGGUAAGAAAAGAAGAAUCAUGAUUGAUUGUUCCCACGGUAACAGUAGUAAAGAUUUUAGAAAUCAACCAAAAGUAGCUAAAGUUAUCUAUGACCAAUUAGUAGCUGGUGAAAACGGCUUAUGUGGUGUUAUGAUUGAAUCCAAUUUGGUAGAAGGUAGACAAGAUAUCCCACCAGAAGGUGGCCGUGCUGGUCUUAAAUAUGGCUGCUCUAUCACCGAUGCUUGUAUUGGUUGGGAUACUACCGAAGAAGUAUUGGAAUUAUUAGCUGAAGGUGUAAGAAAGAGAAGAGAAGCUUUACAAAAAUAA